AUGACCUUCAGAUCUGCAUGUGUGCUACUCAAUCCGCAAAUCUCCAACCCACAAAAAGAGACUAUUGUUGCUCUCCUUCUCAGCCGUAACUUCCGCCGUGGCAGAGGCUGGAACGACUGGGCACGCCUCACUGUCGCACGCCUCAAUGAUAGUGAUGCAACCCUGCAACGGCCGGGUAAAAGCACAAGGAAACACGUUGUCUCCAGAAGCACGACGAAAUAUUUAUGGCAACCGCGACAAGAAGGAGACUUCCUGAUGUGUAGCCUACCCUCUGCUGCCAAGGUGGGCUGCACGGUAGCAGUUCCGUUAACUACAACACCGCCGCGCACUCCUCCUCCCAGAUCUUCAAGCUGCCCAAGCCAGACACAAAGUCCUGAAUGGUGUCAUUAUAAUCAAGAAGAACGCACAGGUUGA